GGGAUCAUUCAGUAUGCCAUGAUGUAUUGUGGAGCAAAAUUUGUGAUCGGCCCUCCGUUGGUAAUUGCAUUUCUAGUGUACAAAUUCAAAAGGAGGCAUCUGUCAAUGUACGAUACGAUUGAAGGCUUUUUGCAAACACAAAAUAAUUUCAUGCCAAUCAGAUAUAAUUACUCCCACAUAAAGAGAAUGACCAGAGGAUUCAAAGAGAAAUUAGGUGAGGGAGGUUACGGCAGUGUAUACAAAGGAAAGCUUCGAAGUGGAAGAGAUGUAGCAGUGAAGAUGUUGAGUAAGCCUAAAGCAGGUGGUCAGGAUUUCAUGAAUGAAGUAUCUACCAUUGGACGGAUCCAUCAUGUCAAUGUGGUUGGACUCGUGGGGUAUUGUGUUGAGGGAACAAAACGUGCUCUUGUAUACGACUUCAUGCCCAAUGGAUCACUCGACAAGUACAUCAGCACCAGUCAAGAAGAAAGUCCUCUGUUAAGUUGGCAGAGGAAGUAUGACAUUAUUCUUGGAGUGGCUCGAGGAAUGGAGUAUUUGCAUCGAGGCUGUGAUGUACGAAUUUUGCAUUUUGACAUCAAGCCACACAACAUUCUUUUGGAUGAGAAUUUCAUUCCAAAGAUUUCUGACUUUGGGCUUGCGAAAUUAUAUCCAACAGAUAAUAGCAUUGUGACUCUCACAGCUGCUCGUGGAACGAUUGGCUAUGUAGCUCCAGAGUUGAUCAGCAGAAGCAUUGGAGCAAUCUCUUACAAAGCUGAUGUUUAUAGCUUUGGAAUGCUGCUAAUGGAAAUGCUGGACUUGAAGAGACAUGAAGUUGCAAAUGAAGAGAAUUCCAGCCAAUAUUUUCCUUAUUAUAUUUACGAUAAGUUCAACAAGGGGAAGGAGAUUGUGGUGGAUGAAGAAGCAAAUGAUGAUGAAAAGAAGAUGGCUAGAAAGCUGACUUUAGUUUCACUAUGGUGCAUACAAACAAAUCCAAUACAACGCCCUUCGAUGAGUAAAGUGUUAGAAAUGCUUGAAGGUGAAGUUGAAGUGCUAGAAGUACCUCCUCAGCCAAUUCAAUCUCAACCGAUUGUUCAUCAGAUCAUAGGAAGUUCUAUAACAUUUUCGUCUAAUUCAAUGGCUUUGUUAGAUAAUCCCGUUGAAAUAAACAUUUGUUCUGAUUAAUUAUAGUUGAUGUAAUGCUUAUGUAAAACAAAUAUAGCACAUCCAACAAUGUAUGGGACAAA